AUGCUGCGCCAGAUAUUUUUGGCGCUGAUAUGUGCAGCAUGGAUAGAAUUUGCCAUUCGUUUCUCUCCCCAGAUUGAGCAAAUCACCCAUGAAAUUGUUGCGCACACUACUACCUUUUUCCGCGACCCAGUGCCAUUUGCUCUUCAUUAUGAAGGAGAACAUGCCCGUCUGCUCCAGAGUAUCCAGCGAUCUGGUGGAAAAUGGGACUCGUCCCACCCUCGACACCGCUUGUUAACCGCGCUGCAUGGAUAUGCAAGAUACAAGGACAGCAACUUGGCGGAAGUGGAUCGAUGGAGGAAUCUUUAUAAACGCGUUCCUAAGCGCCAGAGAUUAUUGCUCGAAUCGACCACCCACUACACGCGUAAACUCAACAUAAUCGAUCAUCUCCUGGAUACAAACGACAAUCUUGCCAGCGCCAUUGUUGAUUAUGGCCUACAGUUCUAUAAUAUUAGUCGAUCUGAGCUGGACGAGUUCAUUAAAGAAAAUGAAGCCCAGCACCGGUCCGCUGAUCGGACUAGCGUCUCUCAGGGAAUUAAGCAUUUCGUGCGCGACUGGGCAGAUGAGGGUCAUGAAGAGCGACAGGAAACCUUCGAAUGCAUCCUGAAAUCGCUUGCACAGAUGCCGCGAACAAGCAGUAGACCUCUACGAGUGCUUUUUCCCGGAGCGGGUUUGGGACGACUGGCGCACGAGGUUGACAAGCUUGGGGACUUCGAAGUCAUAAUGAACGAGUGGUCGAUGUACAUGAACCUGGCAUACCGAUAUUUAUCCAGUCUGUCCGAUCCCGACAGCGUAGCGUUCCACCCGUACAUCGACUGGUUGUCUCACCACGCCCUGACGGCUGAUCUCCAGCGCUCCGUUACAUUCCCAGACCAAGUGAUUGACCGAUCCUCUGUCUUACUCAUAGAGGGAGACUUCACCACAGCUUUUGCCAAGCACACCGGCCAAUACGAUAUAAUUGUGACCUUAUUCUUCAUCGAUACCGCGCGGAACCUAAUUUCAUACCUCGAGACUAUCCACCGGUUACUCCGUCCUGGUGGGCGUUGGAUUAAUCUCGGUCCGUUGUUGUAUGGUACUUCGCCAUUUGUGCAGUUAUCGCUGGAUGAGAUCGUGGCGUUAAGUGCGCGGAUUGGGUUUGAGUUCCAAGAGACAGACGCUAUGUUUGGGAAUAUUACAAUACCUGGCAUGCCGGUGCGAGGGUUUGAGGUGGCAUAUGGUCGAAAUGGCCGGGGGUUGAAUAAGAAUGCAUACCAGGCGCAGUAUUGGGAGGCUGUUAAGCGCUGA